AGGACUUCCUUGAAUGAUAGGCACAUACAUAGCACAUUCAGACUCACACUCACUCUCAAAUGUACCUCGCCUAACUUACAAACAUCAGCACAAUGAAUUUGGGAGAGGUUAUUUACACCUUGGUGGAAGUGCUCAUUGCACUUAGUUGCUGUCUGGGUAACAUGUUGGUCAUUUUGGCACUUUGGACCACUAAAAUCAUUCAACAGCCGACUUUCUGUCUUAUUGGAUCUCUGGCUUUGGCUGAUUUUCUGGUUGGCUGUGUCGCCAUACCGUUGGCUGUGGUGGUGGACGGACGAGUGAAGACUUCAUUCAACACCUGUCUCUUCAUCAGCUGUGUGGUCAUCUUGUUCACGCUUGUGUCAGUUCUGUCUCUGUUGGCCAUUGCUCUUGACCGUUUCCUCCGGGUGUAUAUCCCUCUCAGGUACAAAAGGAUCGUGACACAGGGACACUCCUGUUUUGUCGUAGCAGCAUGUUGGCUUAUUGCAAUCCCUCUCAGCUUUACUCCCAUGCUUGGGUGGUACAACCAUGAAACCUUGUCUAAUUCAGUAAACUCUACAAUUAUCUGCCGGUUCAUAGCUGUAAUUCCCAUGUCAUACCUGGUUUAUUUCAGUUUUUUUCUUCUGAACCUGACACCUCUGUUGGUAAUGACUGCUUUGUACAGCUAUGUUUUCGGCACUAUCAGAGGAAACCUUCGAGAGAAACCAGGCAGCGGUGCCCAAAAGCAGUCUCAGAAAUACCUAAGGAAAGAGCAAAAGCUGGCAGGAUCUCUAGCUCUGGUCUUGGCCCUGUUUGCCCUGUCCUGGCUGCCUCUGCACAUAAUGAACUGUAUUGUUUAUUUUGAUGAAAAGACUGAUAUACCUGUAAUAGUUUUGUAUGCUGGGAUCCUACUCUCUCAUGCUAACUCAGCUGUCAAUCCAGUUGUGUAUGCAUUCAAAAUACAAAAAAUCAAGAGGGCAUUUCUGAAGAUUCGGAGACAGUGUGUUUCAUGUGCUGCAGAAAAUCAAGACUCUCAGACAAGCCAGACGACAGACAACAAAUCCAGCAGCCACAUAAUGGCAAAUAAUGACUGAAGGCAGAUUUCUUGGUGUUCUUGCUUUUUUGUUCUGAUUACACUUUUGACUCAUGCCUAUACAGGCUCAAUGCAUAAAAUUGUGCAUUGAGCCUGUAGAGAUUAACACAUUGUCAUUGACUGGUCGUGUAUUUUAUGCAGCUAUUUUGUUCAGUUUAACCUUUGUUGAUGACUGUUAUUUGGA